GUUUUGGCCUGGUUUGAAGAACACGAGGAUUCAAUCAGUGCCUUCGUAGAACCUUUUGUCAUCCUCCUGAUUCUGGUUGCCAAUGCGAUUGUCGGUGUCUGGCAGGAAAGAAAUGCAGAGUCUGCAAUUGAAGCAUUAAAGGAAUAUGAGCCCGAAAUAGCGAAGGUUUAUCGAAAGAAUCAUAAAGGCAUUCAACGAAUUAAAGCAAGAGAAUUGGUACCUGGCGAUGUAGUCGAGGUAUCUGUUGGGGAUAAGGUACCCGCUGACAUACGAAUUACUAAGAUUUACAGCACAACACUUCGCGUGGAUCAAUCUAUUUUGACAGGAGAAUCAGUCUCAGUAAUCAAGUUUACGGAGGAGGUUCCAGACCAACGAGCUGUUAAUCAGGACAAAAAGAACCUCCUAUUUAGUGGUACAAACAUAGCGGCAGGUAAGUCUCGUGGCAUUGUCAUCGGCACCGGUCUGGGCACUGAAAUCGGCAAAAUUAGAAACCAAAUGAUGGACACUGAGCAAGAGAGAACACCACUGCAGCAAAAGCUAGACGAAUUCGGACAACAACUAUCCAAGGUGAGAUAA